CUUGUGCCACCAGCUGUUUUGUGAUGGUAAUAUGAAUGGAGUGUUAUGAUAAGAUCACAACAUUGGGCCAAGGGGGUGGUGGUGCAGUCUAUCUGGUCAGGCACCAAAUCACCAAAAAAUUACUUGCUUUGAAGAAGAUUCAGUUGGAUGAGAAAAGAAAGACAAGGACCAGAGAUGCAGUCGAGAGAGAAGCAAAAAUCUUGGCCCAGCUAAGGCAUCCCCAUAUCGUCACCUAUCAUGAUUCGUUCUUCGAGGAGGUUCCAGAGUCUGUCUAUCUCUGCAUAGCUCAGGACUACUGUGAUGGUGGUAACCUAGAUGAGCGGAUACAGACGGCCAAGCACCGAGGCAAACCGUUUGACGAGGGACGUAUCAUGCAAUGGUUUAUCCAACUAGUCAUGGCUGUACAGUACAUACACUCCAAGAAAAUAUUACACAGAGAUCUAAAAACACAGAAUGUCUUCCUUACAAAGAAUGAUGUCGUCAAGCUAGGUGACUUUGGUAUAUCCAGGACGUUAGAACACACCGUAGACAAGGCCAAGACCUGUGUUGGGACCCCUUGCUACCUUAGUCCAGAACUAUGCCAGGACCAACCCUAUAACAACAAGUCUGAUGUCUGGGCUCUUGGUUGUCUAUUGUACGAGGUGUGUGCGUUUGAGCCGGCGUUUGAUGCUCACAAUCUUCUUAGUCUGUAUUACAAGAUCGUCAAAGGUGAUAACCCGAUUAUUCCGUCCAUGUACUCUACCGACCUUCAAGGAUUAUUAGCGUUCAUACUUGAAAAGGAUCCGGAUAAACGUCCAAGUGCUACAACAAUACUCUCACAGGAUUACAUGCAAACCCACCUCAGUAACUUCAUAGCUGAAAAAGAGCUUCUGCAGCAGCAGCUUGCAACGACAAAUGCCACCAGACCACCGACAAGCUCCUCCCCCAUCGUGAGGUCAAAGGUCACCAGUGUCGCAAUCACAUCCAGGAACCGUCCAAUGUCCGCAAGUCACAGGACGAGGGCGUCCUUGCAAACGUCUAAACCUGACAGCUCUCCACCCAGGAGUAAGUCAUCUCUGGCUAUGCUGCCCUCUACGCCACGGUCCUACACAAGGGAAGCCAUGAAGGAAUCACCAGGUCUACCUCCCAUUGUCCGUCCGCCCCUUGAACCCAGCGAAUCGGGCGACUACCCCGACGACUUUGACAGUAGCGAUGAUGAACGGGAUAGACCGGAGCUAACGAGGAAUAAUGAAGCACUCCCUCUGGUGAAAGCAUUGAGACAGGAUUCUGAGAUGGACUUAGAAAUACCGGAAGAGUGCGAGUCUCCUCUAAACUCUGAUGAAGAUAUUCCAGAGGAGCUCGAGGCGGAGGACGAAGGAGAAGAGAACACGAUAGACAGAAGAACUGAACGAACAGAAGAAGGAGAAGAGGAAGAGUAUGCAAGUGAUUUUGAAGAUGACGAUGAGGUUCUUGAGGAUAUUCUGAGCAACGCAAGGACUGUGGCCAACGUUGAUGUUCAGAAUAGUGAUGAGGACGAUAGCUUUAUAAAUUCCUGUAUUAUUACAUUUCUUUGACUAGGUUCUUGAGGA